AACUCUUCAGCACGGAGUAUCACAUAUUGAGGUCAUACUCUGUGCCUAAAUUGUUGUACUCUUGAAUAAAAUUAGACAAAAUAAUUUACUUUCUAAUCAAAUAGGAUACGAGAAAGAGAGGAGAGAGAGAGAGCGAGGAGAGAAGCGGAGCGCGAUCAGAGAGAAAAACAAAGAAAAGGGGUCUUCAAAUUUUUGAUUCAGGAAAUUUUCUGUGGGGAAGAUAAAGAUAGUGAAAUAGAAAUGUGAAGCAAAGAUUUUUGAAGGGAUAAGAAGCAAUGGCAGGAGAAACUACAUGGGUUUCAGAGGAGAAGUGUGAAGAGAAAGAGAAGAAAGAAAAAUAAAGCUGAGAGUGUUAUUGUUGUGAUGAUAAUUUUUUUUUGUUCCUGAAUCUAAAUUGUGGGAGCUCCAAUAAGUUCAAUUUUGAGCAUAAAAAUUUGAACUUGAAGUUGGAAAUUCAAGCUUGAAUCUUCGAUUGAGGGAGUGGCAUUUUGGGUGUGGUGGGAUUUUAGGAUAUUGUUGAAUUGUGGUGGUUUACUUAGAGUUGCAGGGAGGUAUCUAAAUUUUGAUUUUGAGAUUUAGGUCAAUAAAAGGUUUUCUUUUGUAUCAUAGUAUAGAAUUUGGGUUCACGCUGAAGAAUUUGAAAUAUCUGAAGUUUGGGUUUUUGGAGGGAGAGUCGGUUUUAAUUGAAAAUUGGGAUCUCAUGGUAUGCACUCACUCUCCAAUUGUCGUUGUAUAUAAAUGUUGAGGUGUUGGAGAUGGGUUGUGGUUUGACAUUUUUAGGGUUAUUAGAAAGGUGAAUGCUUAUAAACUGGUUUUUGGGAGAUGGAGUAUAAUGACCCCAGUUUACUCCAGUGUUCUGUAUCGUCGCUUUGGUAGCUUGUAUUUUCGUUUUUAUGGAUUUUUAGUGUGGUGAAAGAGGAGAGAGAGCUGCAGAGAGAUGCAACCGCCUCAUCAGCGUUCGCGGAUCAAUCUUGAUGAGUUGAGAGCUCAGAUAGUAAAGAAACUUGGGCCUGAAGGGUCCAAGCAGUACUUUUACUACUUACAGAGAUUCUUGAAUUUGAAACUGAGUAAGGUUGAGUUCAACAAACUAUGUCUGAGAGUUCUUGGACGGGAGAAUAUUCCGCUCCACAACCAGCUUAUUCGUUCGAUACUUAGAAAUGCUUGUUGUGCAAAGUCCCCACCUCCGGCAUGUCAUAAGGAUGAUGCUUCGAAACAUGGUAUGCAUGUUGGUAGCCAGGAGAUCUGUUCUGAUGGUUACCAGCAAAACGGGUCCCACAUUGGCACGGCUCAGGCUUCUAGUUCACCAGGUUUGUCAAAUGGAGGUGACAUGCUACCAGUUUCACCCAAAAAAACUAGAUCUUGUUUCCGUGAUAGGAGAACUGGGGACCGCCGAAGUGCUCUUGGACCAAAUGGAAAGACUAGUUUUCCUCCUCAGGUGGCUGCUGCCGCUCAGCCUAUAAUGGAGAAUGGGGAUUUGAAUCCACCUGAUACUGGGAUGCUGGUGCAACGAGCAGAGGAUGAAAGAGAGAACUUGGCAUCCCACCAUGCUAAAAUGCUGACAGUGAGGAGAUCACCAGAUGACCUGGCAGGUGUGUAUAGCAAGGAGCAGAUGCAAUUGGUAGGUAGACAUGAUAGGAAAGAGGCUUCUUCUAGGAGUCCACUUCAAGCACCCCUCGGGGUUCCUUUGUGUACAGUUAGCAUCGGUGGGGCUUGCAGAGCUCUGCCUGCUGCAAGCAGCUGUAGAUCUAUUGGCACGUUCGACGAUGGCACUUUGUUGGACAGCCAUGUAUUGACGGACCGAGUGGAACACAUUGCUUUAGCACAGGGUCUAAAAGGAGUGUCAGUGGACUGUGCCAACAUACUGAACCAUGGGUUAGAUUCUUACAUCAAGGGAUUACUUAGGUCUUGCAUUGAACUCGUCGGAGCAAGGUCGGGGCAUGAGUCGACAAAGAAUAGUGCCCACAAGAGCCACACUCCCACGAAGCUAGUUAAUGGUGUCAAACCAGGUCAUCAGUAUCAUAUGCCAAAUAGUAGCGCACAUCAGAAUCAGAUGCUGAAUAAUGGUGCAGAUCAGUAUCAGAUGCAAGAACAGAGGGUCGUUCCCCAAAUUUCGUUGCAGGAAUUUAGAGUUGCUAUGGAGCUGAAUCCACGGCAACUUGGCGAGGACUGGCCAUUGUUACUAGAGAAAAUAUGUACACAUGCAUUUGAAGAAUAACAGAGAGCCUACAGUUCUUGCUUCCCAGUUGAGUGAAUUGGUCCGUGCUGGAUCAAAAGGCAUGUUUCUUCUCACUUUGGUGUCACUUUAAUUUCUCCUGUUCAUAGCCUUUGGAACCAGCAUAGAUAUCUUAAAGUUCAAUUCCAAGAUAAUAGAGGACCAAACCAGGGAAUUUUUAUUCCACAUGCUUUCUUGAAUUGGGAGAGCCCAUCAUCAGCAACUAUUCAGAUGAGAAGAAUGCCGCGAAUCAGGUUGCGCUGUUGUAUGAUUAGCAUUAUCCCGACUUAUAAUUUUUUUCUUUUAUCCUGUAAUUUACAGCCAAAUGAGAAAUUCUAGAACAGUUUUGCAGGAAUAAUUUAUUUAGUUCUCGUCAAAGGGUGGGAUUUUGUGAUGCAAUAGACAAGUUCAUGUACCUUCACCACCAAUAGUGGUUGGAAUUUAAUAUUAACAACACGAUUAACCAA